AUGGCAGCAACAAAAGCUGAGGAGCCUUCGACGGAAGGGUUCGGGAGCGAUGGUGACGAUGCCAUGGAAAAAUACCGCCUCACCACGGAGCAUUCCUACACAAAGCCUGAGAAGCGCCAACACUCCGAGGACGCGGCCUUUCAAAAAUGGGUUGCAAGUUUUGCGAAGGAGCGUUUGCCAUUGGGAGAUGACCCGAAAGAUACUCUUGGAGAGACAACUCCUCUGAUUCCUCGCCCAGAUAUGGAAUCGGAUAAAAUCAUUACCACGCCUCGUCAAUAUCAGAUAGAUCUGUUUGAGCGAGCAAAGAAGGAGAAUACGAUUGUCGUUCUGGACACGGGCUCCGGAAAGACUCUUAUCGCGGCGCUGCUUCUUCGACACACACUCAGUGCUGAAUUGGAGCACAGAGAGCAAGGAAAUCCUCCCAAAACGGCAUUCUUUCUCGUUGACAAAGUGGUGCUCUGCAUGCAACAGUACAACGUCCUCCGCCAGAAUCUUGAAUACCCUGUGGGUAAACUCCACGGUAGCAAUGCGGCCACAGGCCUGAAAAGGGAGGACUGGGACGCGAUCAUGAGCGAGAACAUGGUCAUUGUUUGUACCGCUCAGAUCCUGCUGGAUGGCCUGACCUGUGGUUUCGUGACAAUGAGUCGCAUCAACUUGCUCGUCUUUGACGAAGCACAUCACACCAAAAAAAGUCACCCUUACGCCAAAAUCGUAAGAGACUACUACAUCAGGACGAAAACUGACCGUCCGCGAAUCCUAGGCAUGACUGCAUCUCCCGUCGACUCAAAGACAAACGAUUUGCAGGCCGCUGCCCUCGAGCUAGAAACCACCCUCCAUAGCAGAAUUGCUACCGUUCCCGACGAGGAACUGAUGCGAGAAAUGGGGAAGAGACAACAACUUGAACGCGUUGUAUACUAUGGCCGGCUCCUGAAACCAGAAGAUGCCCGCACUCAGCUUUGGCACACUCUUUGCGCCGUUUUCGCAGGCCGACCGGAAUUCAUGGUUCAUCUGGAGGCCGCACAAGACAUAGCAAGCAGCAUAGGCCCUGGUUGUGCGGACGAGUAUUGGACCACGAAUUUUAUGCGCAGUAAUUCUGGUGCAAUGCAAGUAGCCAUGAAUGAUGCAAUCCACUGGGAGCAGGAUAUUGAUGCCGAACUUUACCUUGCCAAGAUGACCGACAGCGACGUUGAUUCAAACCUCUUCUGUGAGCAGGACCAUAUCUAUGCAGCAAUCAGGCAGGCCAGGAAAUCGAUUCGUGAAUACAUGGAGAUCCAACCCCCAUUAGCAGUCUCGACCGAUCGGUUUUCGACCAAGUUCCUUGCUCUUCGAGACAUCCUUUCGGACGCCUUCUCAACCAACAGCUCCCGGCGAAGCAUUGUAUUCGUUCAGAAGCGCUACACUGCGUUAGUUCUUUCUACCGCUUUUCAACAGGCUCCGAUCCUGGUCCCAAACAUGUUUCCCGGAUAUGUGGUUGGGUCUCAGACCAUGUCAUCCAGCAUUGCAAACAUGUCUAUCAAAGAACAAUUCAACACGAUGCAUCGCUUUCGAAGGGGUGAAAUCAACUGCUUGUUUGCAACGCAGGUAGCUGAAGAAGGAAUCGACAUUCCGGAUUGUGACUUGAUUGUGAGGUUCGACUUGUACGAUUCGCCGAUACAAUACAUUCAAUCUAAAGGCAGAGCCAGGCGAGCCAACUCUACCUACAUCUCCAUGCUCGAGGAGAACAACAUGCAGCAUUUUAGGAGGUUAAAGGAAGCGACGCUAAAUGCAAGCGCUUUGCGGCGUUUCGUUUCCGUCCUUUCUCAGGACAGGAAGGUAACAGACCAGGACCUUGAUACCGACCAGCGGGCGCAAGACAUGGAACUUGAAAGUAAAUCUCAGCGCAUAUUCAAGAUUCCAGAAACUGAAGCGCAGAUGACGUAUUACUCUAGCCAGCAGGUGUUGGCUAAAUUCGUUUCGUCGCUCCCAGACGGAGACGGGCUGCACCCAGAAUAUAUCGUGACUCCGACAUACAAGGGUAGCAACUACAUUGCGACUUUGAUCUUGCCCGACUCCAGCCCGGUAAAGACCCUUCGCGGGACCCCCCAACGAAGCAAGACAUUGGCUAGAGCAUCAGCGGCGUUUGAAGCCUGUAUUGACAUGUUCUACCGGGGCUACAUUGAUGGCCACCUCCAGUCAACUUUGAAGAAGAGGCUGCCAGCCAUGCGAAACGCUCGACUAGGCCUCAGUUCCAGCAAACGUUCGGAAUAUACUAUGCGCUUGAAGCCCGAUGUCUGGUCUCAAACCGGAGCUCCAGCGGAGCUUUAUGUCGCCGUCUUCACGAUGGAUGGUUCCGCCCUCCCGGGGAAGACGGGCCGCUCACUCUUGGUACUGACUCGGUCGAAGCUGCCCGCCCUGGCACCAAUCACGCUUCAUGUUGGAACGACUGAGAGGAGGACGGUAAAGCCAGUGCAGUAUGACCAAAGCACAGCAGUGGAGGCUUCUGAAGUUGCCCUUAUUGCUGGCUUUACAUUCACGAUAUUCAAAGAUGUCUUCAGCAAGGAAUUCGACUGCAAAGGAGAAAACCUGCCUUACUACUUCGCCCCGUGCAGCAACCGCGACGCCUCGGAUGUCAAGGUCGAUACCCGCAGGUUAAUUGAUUGGGCUUUACUGGAGUCUAUGGCCCAGGUCAAUGAAACAAUGCCAACGCCAGGAUGGCAGAUAACUGAUGAACUAGCCCACAAAUUUGUUUACGAUCCAUUAGACGGCUCUCGCAAGUUCAUCACAGGCGCAGUGAACGAGCAUCUUCGACCCAGUGACCGCGUCCCUGCUGGGGCCCCCCCGCCAAAGAGCCGUGGUUUCUUCCGAGUAGCAGGCACAAUUGCAGAUUACAGCAACAGCUUGAGCUUCAACGCCAGACGCAGAGUCACAUGGGAUCCGGAACAACCCGUCUACCAUGCUGAACUACUACCGAUCAGACGAAACCUGCUUUGCCAGCCCGAAGACGACGAGACGGCUGGCUGCAAGAGCUGCAGCAUCAUUCUGGAGCCCAUGGUAGUCUCGGCGCUCCCGAUUGACGUUGUCGCCACGGCCAUGGCACUUCCCGUCAUCAUGUACAAAGUGGAGUCGGUGGCAAUAUCCAUGGAUGCCUGUCGUCUGCUAGAUCUGGAGAUGCAACCCAGCCUAGCUCUGGAGGCACUGACCAAGGACAGCCUCAAUACAGAGCAGCACGGAGAGGAGCAAAUCAAUUUCCAGCGAGGCAUGGGCGACAACUACGAGAGAUUGGAGUUUCUCGGCGACACGUUUCUCAAGAUGGCGACGACAAUCUCGCUAUUCACACUGAUGCCCAACGAUGGCGAGUUUGAAUGCCACGUCGAGAGAAUGCUGAUGGUGUGCAACAAGAAUCUGUUCAACCAUGCCGUAGAUAGGAAGCUGCAGGAGUACAUACGAUCCAAAGGCUUCAAUCGCCGCACUUGGUACCCGGAUCUGCCGCUGAAGAAGGGCAAAGCGCUCAAGUCCAAAGCGACCCACAGCCUUGCCGACAAGAGCAUUGCCGACGUCUGCGAGGCUCUUAUUGGCGCCGCGUACAUGUGUGAUUCAGACGGGUCAAUGGAUCUCGCCGUCAGGGCGGUCACCAAGAUGGUGCGCAGUAAAAACCACGACAUGAGCAGAUUCAGCGACUACUACGACAGAUACGCGGUUCCGCAGUGGCAGACGGCUCCGACAACUGCUGCCGAACGAUUCGCGGCGGGCAAGGUUCACAAGUCGACAGGGUACAUGUUCAACUCCCCAAGGCUUCUUCGCAGCGCGUUCAAGCACCCGUCGUACACGUACGAGCCGCAGCUACCCCAUUACCAGAGGCUAGAGUUUCUGGGCGACGCCUUGCUAGAUCUCGUGGCGGUAGACUACCUCUUCAAGCAGUUCCCCGGGGCUGAUCCGCAGUGGCUGACGGAACACAAGAUGUGCAUGGUUUCGAACAACUUCUUCGGCUGCUUAUGCGUCGAGCUGGGGCUGCAUAAACACGUCCUGACCACUGCGGCGGCCAUGGCAGGCCAGAUGGCCAGGUUUGUGGAGGAACUGAGGCGGGCCGAGGAAGCGUCGGCAGAAGAUGGCGAUGGGCGACGGCCGCGGGCAGACUGGUGGUGGGUCAACGUCGCGCAGCCGCCAAAGUUCCUGUCGGACGUGCUGGAAGCUUUCGUGGGAGCCAUGUUUGUCGACUCGAAAUACAACUACAAGGUCGUGCGCGGCUUCUUCAACGACUUUAUAGCGCCGCACUUUACAAGCAUGACGAUGCAUGACUCGUUUGUGGCAGGACACCCGGUCACGCUGCUGACCAAGCGCAUGCAAGACGUCUUUGGGUGCCGGUCCUGGAGGUUAUGCGUCAAGAACGUUCCGUGCGGUUCCGAGACGGGAGCCAGAGCGCUUACUGACGACGCCGUCAUGUGCGCGCUGAUGGUACAUGGGAAGCCUGUCGCUCACUGUGUCGGAGGGAACGGAAGGGACGCCAAGGCUGAUGUUGCGACACGAGGGCUGGAACUGCUGGCGAUGGACAGAGAGGCGUUUCGGGCGCAACAGGGCUGCGAUUGCGGGGAGCAAGGGGCAGAAAAAGUGGGCGCGAGUUGA